CGUAAUAUUGCUCAAUGUUCCAGAAAAGUCAGGAUUCCUUCACGAUUUGCAUGUGGAGCUUCCAACUUUUGUUUAUUUUUAAUGCGUCAUGUGUUUAAUCGUGUGAUGGUCCUUCUAUAUCUUUGGAAAAGCUCUGAUAAAGAAAUCUUGAUGUAAAUUUAUACGCUGCUAUAGCUAGCUAAUGUUCAUGUCAAUACGCCAUUUCCUAGUAUUUCUCACUGUUAUUGCUUUUGUUUGUCAUUUGGAUAUCAGCUCUGGUGUAAGGCUAUCUUGUGCAGCAUGCCCGAAGGGUGCCUUUGCAAAUCAAACAUUACCUCCCUGUAAAAAUUGUAAUAAAACUGGUUUUUGCAAUGGGGCUGUAAACUGUACAAAAUGCCCAGCUGGAAGUUUUCAAAAUGCGACUGGGCAAGCAUUGUGUAAACAAUGUCUUCCUGGGUAUAUUAGCAGUAAAGCAGGUGGCUCAGUUUGUUCUGCAUGUAUACCAGGAGAAUAUCAACCUAAGAAAGGUGCUAUUGCCUGUUUAAAAUGUGCACCAGGAAAUUUUUCAAGUGGAUCGCAUAGUGUGCAAUGUAAAACCUGUUCUGCUGGGUCCUUCAGCAAGUCACCAGGUUCAAAAGCUUGUACUCCAUGUUCCAAAGGUCAUUAUCAAUCAAAGGAAGGUAGCACCUCAUGCCAACCUUGUCCUGCAGGACAAUUUUCAAAUGUAACAAAAAGCACAAAAUGUCAAAACUGCUCUGCAGGAACAUGUUCAAGUGUCACUGGAUCAAUUUUAUGUACAGAAUGCAAAGCAGGCUCAUAUCAACCAUCUCCUGGUAACAAGGCAUGUCCACCUUGUCCAGCUGGCCAUUAUUCAGGAUCAGCAAAAAGCAUUAAAUGUGAAGAAUGUUCUGCAGGAACUUUUGCAAGUAAAGAAGGGUUGACAGCCUGUUCAGAUUGCAAAGCAGGAUAUUAUCAACCAAAUAAAGGAGCCGAGGGCUGUCUGGAAUGCAAACCAGGCCAUUUUUCAAGUAAAAGCAGAAGUACUGGAUGUGAAGAUUGCUCAGCAGGCACGUUUACAAACUCCAGCAAAAUGACAAAAUGCCUCAAGUGUGAAGCUGGGUAUUAUCAACCCAAUAAGGCAUCAAGUUCAUGUUUAGCUUGUAAACCUGGGUAUAUUUCAAGUGCUGUUCAAAGUAUCAAAUGCGAACCUUGCUCUUCUGGAACAUUUGCUAACGUAUCAGCAUUAACCAAGUGCUACAAUUGUCUAAAAGGUUAUUAUCAACCCAAAAAGGCAUCAAGUUCAUGUUUAGCUUGUAAACCUGGGUAUAUUUCAAGUGCUGUUCAAAGUAUCAAAUGCAAACCUUGCUCUCCUGGAACAUUUGCUAACGUAUCAGCAUUAACCAAGUGCUACAAUUGUCCAAAAGGUUAUCAUCAACCCAAUAAGGCAUCAAGUUCAUGUUUAGCUUGUAAACCUGGGUAUAUUUCAAGUUCUGUUCAAAGUAUCAAAUGCAAACCUUGCUCUCCUGGAACAUUUGCUAACGUAUCAGCAUUAACCAAGUGCUACAAUUGUCCAAAAGGUUAUUACAAUACCUUAUCAAAUGCAACCAAAUGUCUCGCCUGUGGUAAUGGAACAUACCAAAGCAGCGAGGGAAAAACGUCGUGUGAAGUAUGUCCUGUUGGUUAUGUGUGUAGUCAUUCAGGCUGUAGUGAGUGUAUGUUAUGUCCAGGUGGUCAAGAUACAAACUUUAAACCUGGACAAAUGAAAUGUUCUGAAUGUCAAAACGGUUUUUUCAAACCCGAAGGAACAGUUUCCUGUCAGCCGUGUCCUAGUGGAUAUUAUCAAGUUCAUUUUGGAAGCAGAAGUUGUGUAGAGUGCCCUCGCGGGUUUUAUUGUCCGAACGCAGGUCAGGGACCUGUGGCUUGCUCCUAUGAUGAGUCAUGUCCUCCUGGUAGUGUCGAACCUGGUGAUCCCUGUCCAGAUUUGUAUGAGAGAAGUGGAGAGACGUGUUAUCCUGGGGUAUCUCUAAUCAUCCUCAUAACUGCUUCUAUCAUUGUUGGCGUCGCUCUUAUUGCGGUUAUCGUAAAACGUUUACGACGACGAAGAUUAUUUAGCAUAACGGCAAGAACAAGAAGAGAACGAGAAGGACUUCUCAGUAAUAACAGCGCACCAAGCUAUGCUGGCUGGUGACCCUCAAUGAAACACAUCACUCAAAAACUAUUAAACCGAGUAAAAAUAUUUUGCUAUUUCGAUAUCUGAAGUCACACAUGCACAACGAAAUAGUUUUAACAGAACAGAUUCGAGAUUGCUCCAUACUUAACGGGUGUUGAUCUGCACUUGAAUAUUAUAUUUAAUAAAUUUCUAAAUAACUUAUGUAUAACCUACUAUAAAAAACCUAUCAGAAGUUAAUUACACCCAACAAAAUUUGACGGUGUCAACAAACGAAAUCCAGAAAACAGCUUUGAAGACGAAAUUGCUAGAGUUAAUAAUCAUAAUCGAUUUAGUUCAGCUUUAUUCUAAGAGAGUCUAAGAAAAAGUACAUGUGGUAAAAACUAUUUAAUAUAUAUUUCAAUUUUAA